AUGGGGAAGACGUACAUCCUUGCCAGUACUGAUCCCAGCCUUAGACUGUUUGAAUCCGGCGUAUUGCAUUAUGUUUACAUAGGUUAGCAAAUAACUAAUGCUGCUGUAAAAUGCCAGUUCGGAGAGGUCACAAUGUUCCUCAGAAUACUUUUGUAGACAUUAUUAUCAGAAAGUUUGACAGUCUUAAUAGAAGGUUCGUUUUAGCCAAUGCCCAGUUGGAAGAUUAUCCAAUUAUUUAUUGUAACGAUGGGUUCACUGAGCUGAUGGGCUACACGAGAGCAGAGGUUAUGCAGCGAUCGUGUAUGUGCGAGUUUCUACAUGGACCCCUUACCAAUCAGUACGCGGUCGCCAAUAUCGAGAAGGCACUGUCUACCUACGAAGAAUGUCAAGUGGAAAUAGUAUAUUACAAAAAAGGCGGCUCGAAGGUUUUAUGCAGCCAAGUGAUGGCACCGAUUCGUAAUGAAGAAGGAGCAACUUGUAUGUUCAUCAUUAAUUUUGAAGAUGUUACAAACGCCCCCUAUCGCGAAGAGCAACCGGAAAUCGGAUAUUCACUUCGGGAAUCUCGUCAACCAACUACAAAAAUGCUCCAUCAUGUUGAAGUGUCUAGCUCAAUGGUGAGUCCUGAAAACGAGGCUAGUGCUAUGGAAAUAAUCUCGUCAAGUUCCGCAAUGGACUGGAAUAAGGUUUCAACACAUCAUAUUAAGAAAACAAGAAGUUUGGAGAUUAGUAUUUUAUCGUUACUACACGGCUGUAACAUCCCAUCACUGACCAGAACUAGUGCUAUGCCCUCUUUGACUUCAUUGGAAGCUGUUCAGGAAAUGCACGAGGCCUUUAAGGUUUCGCCAUUUGCUACAGCUACAGUAAACAAUCGAAGCAAAUCCCUCCCAAUUGCUUCUUCUGAUUCGAAUCUGUCACUUUACAGAAUUCAUAAACAAUGUGUUGUACCACCAUCACUAAGCAGCUUGAAAACAGAGGGCGCCAGCAGACAGAAGGAUACUCGAUCGUCCAACACGUCCAAGUUUUUACAAGAGAUGCAAACUCAUAGCAAACGCUAUGUUGGCGAGAAGGUUGCGAAGGUGCUGUCGUUGAGCGCUGAUGUUCUUCCAGAGCACAAGCUUCAGAAGCCCAGAAUCAACAAAUGGACUAUCCUUCACUACUCUCCUUUUAAGGCCUUUUGGGACUGGAUAAUACUCUUGUUAGUCAUUUACACCGCCAUCUUCACACCUUACGUUGCAGCGUUCUUGCUGAAUGAGAACAGGACCAAGCGUAACAAGAAUUACGGCGACGACCCUAUCGUCAUUAUCGACCUUUUAGUCGACGUCAUGUUUAUCAUCGAUAUACUCAUCAAUUUUCGGACAACUUAUGUCAACUCAAAUGAAGAAGUCGUCAGCCAUCCAGGUCGGAUUGCUGUCCACUACCUUCGAGGUUGGUUUAUUAUUGACAUCGUGGCAGCAAUUCCUUUUGACUUGCUGCUUUUCGGCUCCGAGACUGACGAGACCACAACUCUGACUGGUCUGCUGAAAACAGCUCGACUACUAAGAUUGGUGAGAGUGGCUAGAAAAAUCGACCGCUACUCAGAGUAUGGAGCAGCUGUACUGCUUUUGCUCAUGGCUACUUUCGCGCUAAUUGCUCAUUGGCUCGCCUGCAUCUGGUAUGCCAUUGGCAACGCCGAGCGCCCUCUUCUAACCCACAAGAUAGGCUGGCUUGACCACCUGGCUAAUGCCACCCACCAAUUCUACAACAACUCAAAUGGAGGACCAAGCAUCAAAGCCAAGUAUGUGACUGCAUUGUACUUCACAUUCAGUAGCCUGACAAGUGUGGGUUUUGGCAACGUCUCUCCAAACACAAACAUGGAAAAGAUCUUCGCCGUCCUUAUUAUGCUCAUCGGAUCUCUAAUGUAUGCCAGUAUUUUUGGUAAUGUAUCUGCCAUCAUCCAGAGAUUGUACUCUGGAACCGCUCGUUACCACACUCAGUUACUCCGGGUGAAGGAGUUUAUUCGGUUUCAUCAGAUUCCAAACCCACUUCGACAGAGGUUGGAAGAAUACUUUCAGCACGCCUGGACUUACUCUAAUGGUAUCGACAUGAAUAUGGUGCUGAAGGGGUUUCCAGACUGUCUUCAAGCUGACAUAUGCCUUCACUUGAACAGACAACUCUUAGAAAAUACCCCACCAUUUAAUAGUGUAAGUCCUGGAUGUUUGAGGGCGUUCUCCAUGAAAUUCAAAACAACACAUGCUCCACCUGGUGACACGCUAGUACAUCGUGGAGAUGUUCUGGCAGCUCUUUAUUUUAUUGCAAGGGGAACAAUUGAAAUUUUAAAAGAUGAUAUAGUAAUGGCAAUAUUAGGGAAGAGCGAUGUGUUUGGAGAGAACCCUUGCAUCCAUCAAACAGUAGGAAAGUCCAGUUGUAAUGUCCGUGCCUUGACCUACUGCGAUCUCCAUAAAGUCCUCCGGGAAGAUCUUCUGGACGUUCUGGAGCGCUAUCCAGAAUUCUACGAUUCUUUUAAAAGUAACAUGGAUAUCACGUUCAACCUCCGAGAUGAUGAACAAGUAGCGGUUGACCCAGAUAUAUUUAGAGGAAGAUUUGCUUAUGGCCAAGUAAAAACGCCCGAUGAAGUGGAGGAUCCGCGUGUUGUGGCUUACCAAUAUCCUCGACCCAGAAAGCGGAAAAAAGCUUCUCAUAUUCAAUCAUCUGAAUGUAUCACAGAACUAAUUGAUGAGGUACAUAAUAGGAGAUACAGUGGAACGGGAAUCUUAGAGUUUUCGCCACAAAAAGCAGGUCAAGACAUAACCUCUGCAAACCUAGAAUUUGAUAAUCGGUCUAAUAAGCGACGUAGUACACUUCAAUCACUUUUCGCAGGUGGUGCUAUGUCAAGCGUAACAAAUUUAACUAGAGCGAUUUUAGGUGGUGCCAAUGAGACGAUCACUGACCGGUCUCGCUCUGGGAGUCUUACCAUGAGGUUAGAAGAAAGAACAGAGAAUGGAAACACUGCCUUUAGACCAGAGUCAAGAAUUGGUUCAGUUAACGACAUCGACAACAAUAAGAUUCCAGUAUCAGGUUCUGUACCAACAGCACCAUCAGUUGGCAGUACUAAUUUUCGGCCUGUUGAAGAAGUGAAGACCUCUCAAUUUAUACCAAAACAGAUAUCUUUCAAAAGCCGUCUUGCUUCAGACAGGGUAAGAAGUAAACCCUGCAGAAGAGUUAAUAGCUUGCAGUGUACUCAUUCUUCUUUGGGAAAGCAUAGAGUAAAAUCUCUCUCGCAGAGUCUAGAUUUAGGAAGAUCUUUGGAAGAGCCUGUAUUUGAAGAUCAGCCUAUCCUGAAUUUGCCUGAAUCACUAAAUGCUCAUUGCGUUGAACAACGCCUUACAGCGCCCUCUUCUGUGCAUGAAGACUCUCAUAUUUCUAUGCGUAGCCAAUCACAACCUACCGAUCUAAUCCAGUCAAAAAUGAUUCUGCCAGUUCAUACUUCAAGGAGUCAGAGUGAUAGCUGGAUAACAAAACACAAAGUAACCUCUCCAACUGUCCGUCACGGUACUUUAUCUUCGGAUAGAGAAGUGAACCGAAGACCUUCUACUGGUAACUGUAAGAGGGUUCGUGGACGAUCAUUUAUGGUGCAAGAACAAGGAAGAGAUUCUAAGACUUCGGAUGUAUAAAUACGUAUAAUUCGUUCACCUCUCAAUCUAUUUUUAUACUACCAAUGUACCACUAAUUUAUUGUUGAUUUUUAACAUCAUAUAAUAUGUACAUUCUCUAAAACUGAAGACAUAUAUAGGUCAUAUGUCUUAUCCAUAACAACCUCCGACAAUGGUUUAAUAAUAUUUUAGAGAUUGCUGGAUAUGAAGACUACAGUAGCGAAGUAUUAGCAAAACAUUAUUCUCAAUUUACUGUCGAUUAUAUUUUAAUUCUGAGGUCAAAUCCAAGAAUACUGGAGUCAUUUUACAUCAUAACAGCAUCUUUUAUAUAAUUCUAUUAACUUUAGUUCUAUAAUCUAAAGUCGUUUAGACAGUUUAAAGUUACAAUUCAAAUUGAAGGGAAAAUGGUGAUCUUAGCUGGUUCUAUAUAGUUAAAAUCCUGGGACAGUGAUAAAAUGAUGUUUAGUAGCACAGCCGUAUAGUCAAAUAGCACACAUUAGGCAAUGAAGCCCUUCAGAUGAUGAAAAUAGCUCAAAUGUGAUGAAACGCAAGUCUGGCGUAUGCAAUAAGCACUAGAAGUACUCCUUAAAGGAUGACAUGAAGCUUCUUCAUGUAUGAUAGUAAAUGUAACGAAAAUAAAUGUUAACUUAUGCAUUAGGAGCACUCUAAAGAAUGACAUAAAAUCCUUUCAGAUGAGAGCAAAUGUCAUAAAAUCAAGGUUAGCUUAUGCAUUAGAAGUACUCUUUAAAAUAGCAUGAAGUCCCUUCAGAUGACAGCAAAUGUAAUGAAAAUUAAUGUUAGCUUAUGCCUUAGAAGUACUCUUUAAAAUAGCAUGAAAUCCCUUCAGAUGACAGCAAAUGUAAUGAAAAUUAAUGUUAGCUUAUGCACUAGGAGUACUUUCAAAGAAUGGCAUGAAGCCCUUUCAGAUGAUAUAAAUUUAAUAAAAAUCAAGGUUAGUUUAUUCAUUUGAAGUACUUUUUAAAUAUGGCAUGAAGUCUCUUCAGGUAAUAACAAGUUUUAAAAAACAUCAAGUUUAGCUUAUAGAAUAAGCUAAACUAAGAACUAAGAGCACUUUAAAACUUUAUAGAACUAAGAGCACUUUAAAAAACAGCAAGAAGUCUCUUCAAAUUAUAGCAAAUAUAAUAAAAAAUAAGGCUAACCUAUUCAUCAGAAGUAUUCUAUAAAAAGUGGCUUGAAGCCCCUUCAGAUCAUGGCAAGUAUCCAAAUAUAAU